CUAACCACCUUAGAAUUUUCUCAGAAUUUCAUACUAAUACAGAUAUUGAUGGCCCGAGCGUCUGGAGAACUAGGAUUAAGGUAGUCGGGUAGUUAUUUGGACUUAGUGGUAGUUUAUCCACUUGUUGUGUGCUUUGGUUGUCAUGUAGGUUUGGGCUCUGUGCUUGGUGUGUUUUUGUUCCGUUUAAUUAGUUUGUUCUAGGCCUCUAUGUGCUUUUUGCUAUCUCUGCUAUAUGCCUUCUUCUUGAAAUUGAACUCCAACCUUCUUGGAGGCGCCAUACCCACUGAGCUUGGCCACUGUCUCUCCCUCUCCACAUUAAAUCUGGGUAACAAUGAACUCAACGGCUCAAUCGUUGAGGGAAUUCCCAAUUUGCCCCAACUCCAGUGCUUGGUUCUCUCCCACAACCGUCUCACGGGGCACAUUCCUUCCAAUGAGAAUCCCAAGUAUUUUCGCCAAGACACAAUCUCAGAUUCAACCUAUGUUCACCACCGUGGAGUGUUUGAUCUUUCGUUUAAUCAGCUAUCUGGGGAAAUCCCAGAAGAGCUGGGGAGUUGCUUGGUGAUAGUGGAUCUUCUGCUUAGCAAAAACCGGUUCUCUGGGCUGAUUCCUAAGUCUCUUUCACAGUUACCUAACCUCACAACACUAGACAUGUCUGAGAAUGAGCUUAGAGGUGAGAUUCCAAUGGAGUUUCGUCAUGCUCUAAGUCUGCAGGGGUUAUAUCUGGGCAACAAUUGUCUCGCCGGAGCAAUGCCGGAAAGCUUAGGACUCUUGGUUGGUUUGGUGAAGUUGAACCUGACCGGGAAUAAGCUCUCCGGCCAAAUCCCAUCCAGUUUUGGGAAUCUCCAUUUUCUCACUCACUUGGACUUUAGCUCCAACCUUCUUGAAGGUCAUCUUCCCCAAUCGCUCACAAACAUGGUGAAUAUUGUUGGCUUUUACGCCCAGCAAAACAGACUCUCCGGGCACUUAGAUGAGCUUUUCACGGCUUCUACAGUUUGGAGAAUUGAGAUUCUGAAUUUAAGCAGUAACAGCUUUUCCGGCGUCCUGCCGCCGUCUCUUGGCAACAUGUCCUACCUCACGUGCUUGGAUCUUCACGAGAAUGGUUUCGCCGGAGGGAUUCCCGGCGAGAUUGGGAAUCUAACCCAGCUUGAGUAUUUGGAUUUGUCCAGGAACAGACUCUCUAGUCGGAUCCCCGACCCAAUUUGCCAUCUCCCCAACUUGAAAUAUUUCAAUUUCGCGGAGAACGAUCUCGCUGAUCCCGUCCCUGGAAUCGGAACCUGCCAGAAUCUCUCCCGUGUUUCUGCCGGCGGGUCCAGGAAUUUGAUAUUAUCAGCGGUCAUGGCCGGAACUCUAACAGUCACAGUUUUGGCAGUGUUUCUGCUGAGGAGGAAGAAAUGGAAUCCCAAAAAUGGAGGUGGAGGAAGAAGAAGAAGAGGCUUUGACGAUGAUGGCGACGAUGAUCCCGAGAAACCCAGCGGCGGCGACGGCUCAGCCAUCGAUCGACGCCUAUACUUCCAGACAAACGCCAAAUCGAAAGAGCCACCAAGCAUUAACAUCGCCAUGUUCGAGCAAUCUCUCCUGAAGAUCACGCUGGUCAACAUCCUCGAGGCGACCGACAACUUCUGCAGAACAAACAUCAUCGGCGACGGAGGGUUCAGAACCGUGUACAGGGCCACGCUCUCCGAUGGGAAGACCGUCGCCGUCAAGAAGCUGAGCCACGGCAAAACCCAGGGGACCCGCGAGUUCCUGGCGGAGAUGGAAACCGUGGGGAAGAAGUCUCGCCCCCAGUCUCUUCAAUUCCUGGAUCCGCCACUGAGCGCGUGCGAGACGCACGUGAGCACGGACAUCGCCGGCACGUUCGGGUACAUCCCGCCGGAGUACGGGCAGACGGGGAGGUCGACGACGAGGGGUGACAUGUACAGCUUCGGGGUGAUCCUGCUGGAGCUGGUGAGCAGUAGGGAGCCCACCGGGCCGGAGUUCAAGGACGGCGAAGGGGGGAAUCUGGUGGGCUGGGCCUCGAAGAAGAUGAAGAAGGGCCAGGCCGUGGAUGUUCUUGACCUGGAGAUUCUGGACGCCGACUCGAAGCCCAUGAUGCUCCAGACACUGCAGAUCGCGAGUUUAUGCCUCUCCGACAAUCCGGCAAGCCGGCCGACGAUGCUUCAGGUGGUCAAGCUGUUGAAGGGAAUCAGAGAUGAUUAGUUCGUGCUUAACUCAAUUUAUGUAUUUUUAUAUUAAGCUAACUGUUGUUGCUAUUAUUGUUUUAAUUAAAAAUCCCACUGUGUU